GCGUUAAAAGUUCUCAGGACAGCUGAGUAUGCUCCAUUUGUUGUUUUUAUCGCUGCACCAAAUUUGCAGGGUUUACAAGAUCCAGAUGGUAGCUUGAAACGUUUGCUACGAGAGAGUGAAAUUUUACGGCAAGCAUUUGGACAUCUUUUUGAUUACGUGAUAUUGAAUAAUGAUAUUGAUGAGACAAUACAUCAGCUGGAGCUUGUUGUGGAGAAGCUUAAUGCUUGUCCACAAUGGGUACCAGUUUCCUGGGUUUAUUAA